CGGUACGGUGGAUUCGUUCGCUCCUCCUACAGGGUUUGAAUUCACCGAACUGGAAAUGUCAAUAAAUGUUAUGCCUUCACUAAUCGCUCUUUGAACGAUCACAAUUCUCAUUAUGCCCCCUGUCCCCAUCACUUUCCAAUUCCCUAUUCCUGCACCCUCUGCUGCUCCGAGGAAACGCCAAACUCACAAGGACGGCCACCGCGAGUUAACUAGUAUCAAGCCAUUCUCAUUCACUUACGACUCGUCUUCCGACACUUCACCCGUCACCUCCCAUACAAUCAUUGGUGAUGACAACGUCCCAAAUGCAAAGAGAUCUUUUGCAAGACCCACAAAACGACGCAAAGCCAGCGUUCAUGUAGCUCCUCUUGCUUCUGAACAGUACGUCACGGUUACUCCACUCUAUCGCCCGAUCAUCAACCGCUGCCUUGCAUAUGUCACAUCGGACGAGUCACAUGCAGACGUCCACGCACUUACCGGGCAUCCUUAUUCUCCCGAGUCCGACUGGGGUAAUACACGGUCGUUUAACCCCUCUGAUUUGGAAGUCGCCAGAAGUGAGAAACCGAAGAAAUUAAAUAGAAGGGAGUUGAAGGAGAAAAAGGAGAAGGAAGCUAGAGCUAAGCGGCUAGUCAGGGAACUCAAAGGAGAGGCUGUAGAAGACGAGGAGGAGAUUCCGAUUAUAAUUGAGCAGACUCCGACUCCUUCGGUUCAAGAGGAUGCGCCAGCAGCCGAUCAGCCGGAAAAGAGUAAAGACAAAGGGUCCGAUAGUAUUAGUAAACUGUCGCCUCCUCUAUCCCGUGCUCCUCUCAAGCGCACUCGCAGCUUCAACGCUCUUAGCCAGACCGGCAACGGCGUCCACGCCGCCUCCCCUCUUCGAGCUGUCAUAGGCGCCAAUGGACACCGAAACACUGAUGUUCAACCCGCGGCGAAACAACCUUACAACAGACGCAGCUCAGCGACAUCCGUCAUCGAGGCUUUGGGCGACCGAGAGUCCAGAAGAGCGUUCACCCAUUCUCCUAGUGGGACAAACUCGAUGCCCUUACCGGAAAUAGCGAGGCCGCCUAAGAGUGUGCCCCUUCCCGCUGGGGUUCUUCAACCGCCCAGGACGAGGGGAGGAAGGUCUUCAUCGACUGCUUUGGAUGCGGGGACUGGGGAGCCGACAAGUAUGAAGAACGUAGCAUCAUACGGGACUAUUCGGUCGGCGAGUGUGGGGUUGGAAGGUGGUCUGAGGGAGAGAUCCCGCAGAGAGGUCACUUUGCCUAAUAGAUUGAAGGAUUAUGAGGCAUGAUUGUAUCGGCCGUUCAGGCUAUAGAUUGGUACACACAGCAUCAUCCUUGUGCUCUUCAUUUUUCAUCUCUUGUUGUGCUUCCCUAGUUGUCCCUUGUAUCGCCGACUGUACCUUCUUUCCUUCAUCUUUCCUGUCUUGUAUUUUCUUUUCUAAUCAUGUUCAGCCAAAUAGUAAUGUUAGAAAUCUGCGUUUGUCUUUUUAAAAAAUGUGAGCAAUCGUGAGAAAAGGCGUUGAGGUAGCUUUUCAGCAUUGUCUGCUUGUUGAUGAGCCGAGCCUGCCCUC